CCGUACACCUCACGCUCACGCAAUACCCGCUUCUUAGUUCCUUCUCGUCCCAAGUCUGCAUUUCUCUCCUCGUCACCCCAAGUCACGAGUAGUCCGUUGUGGGUGGCGGAACCACUCCAACACCAUGAUGCCUAGAAGUCCCUAAUUCAGAAAAGCAAUGAGUUCUGAUCCGAAUUCUGUUUCCAAACUGCACAGGUUCCGCUCUGCCACAGGGGCGUCUGUCUCUGGAUUACAAAGGCUUGACGGAAUCCGCGUUGCACGUUGGGAGCCUGUCUUGGCAGUCACACUCGGACCCUGAGGCAGGCGCGGGUGCAAGUUCACAUCUCAGAGAACCCUCGCGUCAGCUCGCAUAUGAAAUAUUUGUUGGCCGACUGGUGGCCAACCUGAGACCCUGGAAAUUCGGGUGGGGCGCAGGGGGGAGAGAUAUUGGCGCAAGAGGCAUCUUCAGCUUCACCUUCUACAAGUUGUCAAACGGUUCCUACUCGUUCUACUUGUAUGUAAAUCUGAAGAACCUGCAGUCCAACGGUGGAGUGACACCUCACCUGAACAUACACAAGGGUUCGGACCAAACCAAACCAACAGCAGCCAACAUCUACAUUCCACUCGUAGGCGUUCCCCUACCUAACGCCACUCGUCCUGGGCCCAUCAAUUUCCUGCGGCGCUACAGCUACUUGUUGACUAUUGCCCUAGCCAUUCCAGCAGCAGAUUAUGCUGCCAAGAUCAAACCAAUGAUGAAGAAGCCGGCAAACUACUUUGUUCGUGUCUUCAUGCCAAGCGGCAGGCAGCUCAUGAGGGCUCAGUUCAGGAAAGCGUACUUUGCAUAGCUAAGACCUGGCCAGCUGGCUCUGAAUGGUUCUCCACAAGAGGAAACGUAGCCAUUCUACCUUCUGCUAUUCCAUUGGUGGCUGAUGGGUUGUGGUGCUAUAGGCAAAAUGUUGUAACCUGUUAGAGCUCUGAUGUACAGUUCACUAGUUUCCAUUCGGCAUUCAGAUGAAUUUGACCUU